GGCUCAUCAUUUGAUACAGUUAUGAAGUUUCUCGUCGAGAUUAUGAAUGGCUCAUCAUUCGAGAUUGAAAUGGAUUACAAGGAUACACUGUUAGAGGUUAAACAAAAGAUCGAGAGGUCUCAACAUAUUCCUGUUUCGAAACAAACCCUUGUCGUCGAUGGCAUUGUUAUUCUUCGAGAGGAUCUUAAUGUCGAACAAUGCCAGAUCGCCCACAAUUCUCAUAUCCAACUCGACAACUCAUGGGAUCAAAUUAUGGAUGUGUACUUCGAAACUCAGAAGGGCACAAAGUUUUGCAUUGAAUUAGGUUACUGGGACACAGUGUUGGAGAUCAAAAAGAAGAUCGAGAAGUAUCAACGUAUCUCUGUUCCCAGACAAACCCUUUUCUUCCGAGGCAAGGUUCUUGAAGACGAUCUAGUUAUCGAACAAUGCAAGAUUCUCCAAAACUCUCAAAUCCUAUUCUUCGUCUCUCCGGACCCUAAUGACAGCAACGAUCAAGUUCUUCAAACGGAGGAGCAACCUCCUAUACCGUCGUCAAACUCAAUCGGAGAUCUCAUUUACGGUGAGGAUUUGCCUUUGACAACUGAAGUUGUCUUGAAAAUUCGACCUUUUUGCCCUGUUGAAACCGAUGAAAUCACUUACGUUCAAGAUUCGCCGGUGAGAAACAACGAUCAAGCUCCACCGUCAGACGCAGCAAAACAGAUCAUCAACGGUCAUCAAGAUUCGACUGUGAAGGCUCAUCAAGAACUUCAAACCAAGCAAUCUCCACCGUCAGACUCGUUUAGAGAUCACUAACAUUCAAGAUUCGUCUGUGAAGGUGAGCAAAAACAUGAAGAAGAUAGUAGUAACAAUACUGGUGAUGCCGUAUUCCGCUGAGAUUAGUCUUUCUUGAAGCUUUUAUUAGUCUUUUCUUAAUAGUUUUUUGUCUUUCUUGAAGUUUCUUGCUUUGUUCCAAGUUUUCUUUCGGUUUCUGUAUAUAUUCUAAGACAUGUAAUUACCAAUAAAGAUUUGUUAGCUGG